CACCGCCUGAGGACAGAACAGCUCAGAGUCUCUGCUGCCAACACAGAAGAAGACAUGGUGUCAAUCAAAGCUUCAGUGAUGGUGAUCACACUGCUCACCGUUUGUCUGCUGGCCACAAAUGCAUCUCCAGGAUGUUGUCGAAAUUACAUGAAAACCAAAAUACCAUUUCUUAAAAUCAAGGGGUACUCUGUCCAGACAGUCACAGGGCUGUGUCCUAUCAGUGCCAUUAUUUUCCACACAAAGAAGGGUAAAGCAUGCACUGACCCUGCUUUGAACUGGGUGAUGUACUAUGUUGACCGUUUAAGGAAUAAAGCACAAAUGGUUCACAUGAAGUCCACACAGGCUGGUAUUUGAAGAGAGACGAUGGAGCCGUUUUCCUGCCUGUUACCCUCAUACUGUGAGACCAAUGAUGUUUUACAGUUCAGUUAUUCAGUAACUGAACUGUGAGACACUGGCAAUGCAACACAAGAAUCAGCUCAGUUGUAAGAGCAAUUUAGAAUAUUAUUUUCAUAUUAUUUGUGUUUUAUAAUGAAAUGUAUUUGUACAUAAUGUUAUAAUAUAUAAUCAUUAAAGUUUUGUUAAAAAAAAGGAA